GGAUUAGCGACGGGUCCCGUUUCCAUGAGAAAUCGCGGAUUUCCGCCGCCGAGCGGGGCGGCACCGGUCGCAUUUUGGGGAGGGCACCUCCUCCGAUCCGUAGAUGUGGCGACCGCCCGCCAAAUCCAUGGAUCGCUAAUCCAUGUUUGCGCGCUCCCGAGUGCCGAGAGGGCUGGUGGGAUUUGGGCAUUGCGUGGCAACCACCUUUCGACGCAGACCCUUUGUGUAAACCGAGAAGACGUUCGACAAUGAUGUGCAGGUCCGUUUGUUGGGCAGGUCGCUCGAUUUGCGACUCAUCCUAGGCCAAUUUGACUUAACAAGAGGGUAUUAUUGGUGUGGUCUGCCUUUGGAGGCGACGUGAGACGUGUUGCGUAAAUUUCAGCUGAUGCGGCCCGUCCAGAUCAUGCGCUGACUGAUUGAAGCUGCCCUGUGCGGCCACUCUGAGGUGGUACAGUACCUGUGCGCGGCAGAUGCGGACACGGACUAGGCGAAGCAAAAUGGAGCGACGCCCUUGUUCUUCGCUGCCCAGCAUGGCCAUCACGAGGUGGUGAAGCACCUGUACGCGGCAGGAGCGGACAAGGACAAGGCGAAGCAGAAUGGAGCGACGCCCCUGUUCCUUGCCGCCCAGCAUGGCCAUUACGAGUUGGUGAAGCACCUGUGCGCGGCAGGAGCGGACAAGGACAAGGCGAUGUAAAAUGAAGCGACGCCCUUGUUCAUCGCCGCCCAGAAGGGCCACUCGGCGGUGGUGACGCACCUUUGCGCGGCAGGAGCGGGCAAGGACCAGGCUUUGCCAAAUGGACCGACGCCCUUGUUCAUCGCUGUCGAGACGGGUCACCCCGAGGUGGUGACCCACCUUUGCGCAGCAGGAGCGGACAAGGACAAGGCGAAGACAAGCCACUCCAAUGUGGUGCAGCACAUGUGCUCGGCAGAUGCGGAUAAGGACAACGAAGCAACGCCAUUGCACAUCACAGCCGAGAGGGGCCUCUCCGAGCUGGUGAUGCACCUUUGCGCGGCGGGAGCAGGUAAGAACAAGGCGAAGACAAGUGGAGCGACGCCCGUGUUCACCGCCGCCCAACAGGAUCACUCCGAGGAGAUGCAGCACCGCUGUGCGGCAGGUGCGGACAAGGACCAGGCAUGGCAAAAUGGAGCGACGCCCAUCUUCAUCACCGCCCAACAUGGUGACUCCGGGGUGGUGCCGCGCCUCGUGUGGGACAGGGUCUGAUGACCUUUGGCGCGACCUUUUGGAAGCUGUUCCCACGCGCCCACAGUUAAGGCAAAACCUGAGAGGCGGGAUUGUUUCCAGUCGC